ACGGUUUUAAGUAGCAGCAGACUGAACCACCUGUGGCAGGCACAGAGAACCGUCCUGAGAGCAGUACCGUUAUAAAGGGAGUGUAGUCCUCCUAGUCGUUUCUAAUACAUUGGUUGUAGAAUAAAAGUGCGUUGAGAUGGUGUUUAGUUAUCGUCAUUUUGUGCUUCUACUGGGCAUUGCUGCUAAAGGAAUAACAGCGGGAUCCAGCAGUACCCAAGGGUCCUCUCUGAACACAAGCCCCACCGAUGGCUCCGAUACAACGAUCGCUCUGCCCACCUCACCGCCCGGAACCUCAGGCACAACGAGCACAGCUCCGGGCCCUCUCACCAUCUCCAUGGUGACGUCCACAACCACACCUACCACACCGUCAAAUACAACGGAACCAAGCCCUGGGAAUACAACAUCUUCAGUGAGCCCCAACAGCAACAGCACUGCUGGUCCAAAUGAGGGUUCCUCCACCCUUGCUCCUUCAACAACACCAACCAUGUUUAAUACAACGGAAAACACCACUGGCCCAAUGUCUCCUUCGCCGCCCGCGAACAGUAACUCAACGACCAGCUCUGUCACAUCCUCCACCAUCCCAGGUAACACCACCCUAGAUCCCACUGGGAACAACUCCACCUCUGGUCCGACAACCAUCCUGGCCGCAACCGAUAUGACACAAAACAACACAGACAUUACUGGGCCCUCUACUUCUCCACCCGAAUAUUCAAACGCCACGACCAACCCUCUUCCAACCGCUACCAGUCCAGGUAACACCACCCUAGAUCCUGCUGGGAAUACCUCCACCUCUCUUCCUACAACCAUCCCGGCUACAACCAAUACGACAGAAAACAUCACAGACAUAACUGGGCCCUCUACUUCUCCACCCGAGAACAUUACCUCCAACACCAGCCCUUUUCCAACCAUCCCAAACCAAGGUAACACCACCCUAGGUAACACCACCCUAGGCCCCGAUGGGAACACCUCCACAACCAGCCCUCUCCCAACAUCCACCCCAGAUAACACCACCCUAGGCCCCGAUGGGAACACCUCCACAACCAGCCCUCUUCCACCAUCCACCCCAGAUAACACCACCCUAGGCCCAGCUGGGAACACCUCCACAACCAGCCCUCUCCCAACAUCCACCCCAGAUAACACCACCCUAGGCCCAGCUGGGAACAACUCCACAACCAGCCCUCUUCCACCAUCCACCCCAGAUAACACCACCCUAGGUAACACCACCCUAGGCCCCGAUGGGAACACCUCCACCACCAACCCUCUCCCAACAUCCAGCCCAGGAAACACCACCCUAGGUAACACCACCCUAGGCCCCGAUGGGAAUACCUCCACAACCAGCCCUCUCCCGACAUCCACCCCAGAUAACACCACCCCAGAUAACACCACCCUAGGUAACACCACCCUAGGCCCCGAUGGGAACACCUCCACAACCAACGCUCUCCCAACAUACACUCCAGGUAACACCACCCUAGGUAACACAACCCUAGGCCCCGAUGGGAACACCUCCACAACCAGCCCUCUCCCAACAUACACUCCAGGUAACACCACCCUAGGUAACACAACCCUAGGCCCCGAUGGGAACACCUCCACAACCAGCCCUCUCCCAACAUCCACUCCAGGUAACACCACCCUAGGCCCAGCUGGGAACACCUCCACCCCUGGUCCUUCAACACCACAGACCACGCCAGAAAGGAACAACGGAACCACAGCAGGUCUUCCCACCACUACCAGACCACCAGGAAUAGUUUGUCCUGCCGUCUCGUGCCCUCCUGACAGUGUUUGCCUGCAAGGGAUAUGUCAGUGCUUUGCCGGGCGCUUCAUGGUGAAUGGCACCUGCGAAACGGCUCAAGUUUUCCCUGGAGAGCUUCAUAUCGUCAGUUUGGAGUUUAUGGACGAAAUGGCCAACAGUUCCUCGCAGAUAUUCCUGACCACCGCAGCCAAUAUUUCCAGUACGCUGAGAGGAUUCUUGUGGAACACGCCUGGAUAUAUUAGGACCGACGUUGUUGCUCUGGCGCGCGGAAGUGUGCUAGCAACAGUCAAUAACGUGUUCCAGAAUUCCAACGCCACUCAAGAAUCCGUUAACGCUGCAAUCAACGACGGCAUCGAGAACUCCCCCCCAAAUGGAGUGUUCAUCAAUACCACAUUUACAGCAACUGACCUUUGUGCAAGGCUGCCUCCUGCCUGUGAUUCUUUGUCGACUGACUGCACGAGCCACAACGGGGUUGUAAAGUGUAUCUGUAAAGAAGGCUUCAUCCUAAACAACAUCUCUCUCAGGAACUGCAGCAGGAACAACACUUCAGAACCUGCUGGCAACACAUCCACACCGAGCCCUCCUAUGACAAGCCCAACCCCAGGCAACAGCACCCUAGACCCCGCCGGGAAUACCUCCACCUCCGGUCCUACAACCACCCCGGCCACAACCAAUACGACAGAAAACAGCACAGACGUUACUGGGCCCUCUACUUCUCCGCCCGAAAAUUCAAACGCCACAACCGGCCCUCUUCCAACGUCUACCAGCCCAGGAAACACCACCCUAGGUAACACCACCCUAGGCCCCGAUGGGAAUACCUCCACAACCAACCCUCUCCCAACAUCUAGCCCAGGAAACACCACCCUAGGUAACACCACCCUAGGCCCCGAUGGGAAUACCUCCACCACCAACCCUCUCCCAACCUCCAGCCCAGAUAACACCACCCUAGGUAACACCACCCUAGGACCCGAUGGGAAUACCUCCACCACCAGCCCUCUCCCAACACUCAGCCCAGGAAACACCACCCUAGGUAACACCACCCUAGGACCCGAUGGGAAUACCUCCACAACCAGCCCUCUCCCAACAUCCACCCCAGGAAACACCACCCUAGGUAACACCACCCUAGGACCCGAUGGGAAUACCUCCACAACCAACCCUCUCCCAACAUCCACCCCAGGAAACACCACCCUAGGUAACACCACCCUAGGCCCCGAUGGGAACACCUCCACAACCAACCCUCUCCCAACAUCCAGCCCAGGAAACACCACCCUAGGUAACACCACCCUAGGACCCGAGGGGAACACCUCCACCACCAGCCCUCUCCCAACAUCCACCCCAGGAAACACCACCCUAGGUAACACCACCCUAGGACCCGAGGGGAACACCUCCACCACCAGCCCUCUCCCAACAUCCAGCCCAGGAAACACCACCCUAGGUAACACCACCCUAGGACCCGAGGGGAACACCUCCACCACCAACCCUCUCCCAACAUCCAGCCCAGGAAACACCACCCUAGGACCCGAGGGGAACACCUCCACCACCAACCCUCUCCCAACAUCCACCCCAGGAAACACCACCCUAGGUAACACCACCCGAGGACCUGAGGGGAACACCUCCACCACCAGCCCUCUCCCAACAUCCACCCUAGGAAAAACCACCCUAGGUAACACCAGCCUAGGCCCCGAUGGGAAUACCUCCACAACCAACCCUCUCCCAACAUCCAGCCCAGGAAACACCACCCUAGGUAACACCACCCUAGGACCCGAGGGGAACACCUCCACCACCAGCCCUCUCCCAACAUCCACCCCAGGAAACACCACCCUAGGUAACACCACCCUAGGCCCCGAUGGGAAUACCUCCACAACCAACCCUCUCCCAACAUCCACCCCAGGAAACACCACUCAAGGUCCAGUUGGGAUCACCUCCACAACAAGCCCUCCAACACCAUCCUCAGGUAGCACCACCCAAGGCCCAGCUGGGAACACCUCCACCCCUGGUCCUUCAACACCACCCUCAGGUAGCACCACCCAAGGCCCAGCUGGGAACACCUCCACCCCUGGUCCUUCAACACCACCCUCAGGUAGCACCACCCAAGGCCCAGCUGGGAACACCUCCACCCCUGGUUCUUCAACACCACCCUCAGGUAGCACCACCCAAGGCCCAGCUGGGAACACCUCCACCCCUGGUUCUUCAACACCACCCUCAGGUAGCACCACCCAAGGCCCAGCUGGGAACACCUCUACCCCUGGUUCUUCAACACCACCCUCAGGUAGCACCACCCAAGGCCCAGCUGGGAACACCUCUACCCCUGGUUCUUCAACACCACCCUCAGGUAGCACCACCCAAGGCCCAGCUGGGAACACCUCCACCCCUGGUUCUUCAACACCACAGACCACGACAGCAAAGAACAACGGAACCACAGCAGGUCUUCCCACCACCACCACCACCACCACCACCACCAAAUCACCAGUAAUAGUGUGCCCUGCCGUCUCGUGCCCUCCUGACAGUGUUUGUCGGGACGGGAUCUGUCAGUGCUUUGCUGGGAGCUACAUGGUGGAUGGCACCUGCGAAACGGCUCAAGUUUUCCCUGGAGAGCUUCAUAUCGUCAGUUUGGAGUUUGUUGACGACAUGGCCAACAGUACCUCCGAGAUCUUCCGGAAAACUUCAGCCAAAAUUUCCAGUGAGCUCAGAGGAUUCCUCGCUGACACGCCUGGAUAUGUGAGGUCCGAAGUUCUUUCCCUGGCGCGCGGCAGUGUGCUAGCAACGGUCAAUAACGUAUUCCAGAAUUCCAACGCCACUCAAAAAUCCGUUAACACGGCCAUAGUCGACGGCAUCAAGAACUCGGGGGGCUUUCUCAACGGCACCAUAUUCACCGCCACCGAGCUGUGUUUAGAGCAGCCUCUACCCUGUGAUUCCAUGUCUACUAAAUGCCAGAGCCUCAAUGGGCGUGCACAGUGUUCCUGUCAAGAAGGCUUCAUCCCUAACGUCUUCUCUAGCAAGAGCUGCAGCGCUUGUCCGAGUGGCACCCGGGCGGACUCCGUCAAGAGGACGUGCCCUCCAUGCUCAUUUGGAUAUGCUGGCAUCAACUGCAAUGAUUCAUCCCUACUGGCGGUGGUGGUGAUCUCUGUUGUGCUCGGGAGCGUUUUGCUCCUGCUGGUUCUGGGCCUGAUCAUCUGGAUGUGCUGCUUCUGGAGCUCCCCCAAGCAAAGCAGCAGUCCGUACCCAGCCAAGGAGCAGAUUCCGGGGUCCUGGGGCAUCCCGGGGGUCAUCCCCAUCCCCCGCGCCACCACCCAGUGGGACUCGAACCCGUCCAUCGAGAUGAGCGAGGGGAACGGCAUCCAUAACCUGACGGAGCAGCCCAACAGCAGCACGGGGGGCAAAAGGGCUCACAGAGGAUGGAGGAAGACCGGAUCUUAUGACCUGGACCCAGCCAUGAGGACCUUCAAGGGGAAGAACCCCUCACGUUACUCCUACCUGGUGCAGGGCCACGAGAACCCCUACUUCCUAUCCGGAGAAGACAAGAAGACACAAAUGUAAAGGGAAUGCUUUCAGGCCACUGAGAGGAACGUCGUCUGAUGUCAGGUGAUAGGUCCUGUCACCGCGAGCUUUUGCGUUCUAUGUAGAUACAGACAUUUUUAACAAUUGAUUUUUAUAUUAUGUAUUAUUAUGAUAAAGGACGUUAAGUCGCUUAGUAAGGUUUAAGGCUGAAAACCAAAGAGCAGCAAUUCAACUAUUUUUUAUUUUAUUUUAUUUUAUGAGAUUAAAUUAUGUUCUUUGUAGGGUGUGAAACUAUGCUGUUUGUGACCACUAGAUGUCGCCAUUGCCCAGUUGUAGAGGACUCUUACGGAUAUGAAGAUUUGAUGAAAUGUUUCUGUACUAUUUAAGAAAUACCGUGGCCCUUUUCUACGUGAUUCUUAUGACAUCACCUGCACUUAACUUUUUGUGUUUAUUUUAUAUUUUUUUCUGGGGAAAUUAAGUCAAAAAUUGAAUGUGAGUAUAUGGAUGGGAUAGGAGUAGUUGUCUUUUCUUGAGGAACUAUUUUAUAUGAAGUUAGAAAAAACAAUGAUACGAAUAUUAAACCACUAAAGGGGCUGGACUCCUGGUAAGGGGACUUUUCUAAAGAGUUUACGAAUCUAUGGCUCUGUGAAUUCUCUAUUUAUGUGCAUAAGCUUACCUGCUCAAGCUGCUGCGAUUGCAAUACGUGCCUGUUUACUGAUGUCUGUCUUAGUGAUGAAUAGAAACACAGAGUGCAUGGAUGAUGCCUGUCUCUAGGGUGUGCCAAUUAUCACUCGAGUCCAUUUUGUUAGGGUUAACCCAGAUUACAAUAUAUAUUUUGUAUAUAUUUGUGUGCGUUGUUUCCAGAGACAGGGCAUUAUUUCCUAUGAGUACGUAAACAUGACGUGAAUAAAGGACCUUUUUAGAAGACCAUAUUUGUGCACAAUGACAAUAAAUUAAUAUAAAUGAA